GCAGGAGUGAGUUCUGAAAAGGGAAUAUUCAGUGCCAUGCAAUAAUUGGCACAAAAUUCCUGUUAUAGGACGUCCAGUCUCAGUUAAUUCAAAUCUGUGUUUCAUUUAUUUUAGGAAGAAGAUAAUCAGAAGAGCAGUGUUGGCGAUGAAGCUCCAGUGUUGUCAGUGACAGAUGGUACCCUGACAACGGAGAAAGUCGAUCAUCUCUUCUCACUAAAAACAUUGUUGAAAGAAACUUAUGUUGCCAUUAAGCAAGUUACUAAACUCUCCGGUCCUUUUCACCCUGUACACAUCAGACUUCCAAUAUAACUCGGAGUCCUGCCAUGUGCCCAAGUUCGCUGAUGACACGGCCAUAGUGGGGUGUGUCAGGAAUGGUCAGGAGGAAGAGCAUAGGAAACUGAUACAGGACUUUGAGAUAUGGUGCGACUUAAACUACCUGCGUCUCAAUAUCACCAAGACCAAGGAGAUGGCGGUGGACUUUAGGAGACCUCGGCCUCAUAUGGAGCCAGUGAUCAUUAAUGGAGAAUGUGUGGAGCAGGUUAAGACCUACAAGUAUCUGGGAGUGCAGUUAGAUGAGAAGCUGGACUGGACUGCCAACACAGAUGCCCUGUGCAGGAAAGCACAGAGUCGACUGUACUUCCUCAGAAGGCUGGCGUCAUUCAAUGUUUGUAGUGAGAUGCUGAAGAUGUUCUAUCGGUCAGUUGUGGAGAGCGCCCUCUUCUUUGUGGUGGUGUGCUGGGGAGGCAGCAUUAAGAAGAGGGACGCCUCACGUCUUAAUAAGCUGGUAAGGAAGGCGGGUUUCUCGUGGGCACAGAACUGGAGAGUAUGGCAUUGGUGGCAGAGCAGAGGGCGCUGAGUAGGCUACGGUCAAUCAUGGAAAACCCUGGACAUCCUCUGCACAACACCAUCCAGAGACAGAGAAGCAGCUUCAGCGGCAGGUUGCUGUCAAUGCAAUGCUCCUCAGACAGGAUGAAGAGAUCAUUACUCCCCAACACCAUUCGGCUCUACAAUUCAACCACCAGGGGCAAGACAUGUUAAAGUGCCGGGGUUAGGACUGAGCUUAAGUUACCACUCAAUGCACUUUAGUAACUAUUUAAGAACUUUUUAAAAGCUAUUUAUUAAUGCUUUUUGGGAGGGUGAUUUUAGAUGCAUAUCAUAUUUAUAUUGAGUUAAAUACUGUAUGUAAUUAGUUUUGCUACAAUAAGUGUAUGGGACACUGGAAAAAUGUUGAAUUUCCCCUUGGGGAUGAAUAAAGUAUCUAUCUAUCUAUCUAUCUAUCUAUCUCGCUAUCUAUCUAUUUAUCUAUCUAUCUAUCUAUCUAUCUAAAUAAAACCCCGCGCAUAACAUGCCGUUGUAGCUUACCAUCUGUUUUUCCAAACUGGUGGCCCACGCCUGAGAGUGAGGUGUGACAGAUGGUAGCAGAGGUGUGAUGGAAAGCCAAAAAGGGGUGUGGGUGUCAAAAAGCUCGGAACAGCAAUCAUGGAAGGCCAGAGUUGAACCAGAUUCCCCCGGGUGGAGUCUCAUGAGGACAGA